AUGCUACGAACACUCCUGUCAUUCGGUCGCAACUCAGACUAUAUCUUCCCAACAGUCGAUCCAAGCAAGGAUGGACCAGACUGCAAGCGAGACUGCGCCGAUUGCACGGUAGAAUUCCCGUCAAAGGUGAAGGUGGAGACCUCCACGCCGCUGUAUGGACAUAUCAAACAGUUCGACGCGCAUGUCCUGGUGGCUACGGGGAAGUCAGACUGGACUGAGAAAGUCACGCAACAAAAAGGCAGCUUGAUGGAAGCCCUGGACUCGGCCAGAUCACGGCGCGGUCGGAUGAUGAUCUCAGCCUCAAACCUGAAUCCGCCGGAGAUAGACACUGAAAAGGAACCGAGCAAUAGGGGCAGCACGGUGUUGAUAUUGCCCUCGUUUACUUUUGUGGAUGCAGUGAGGACGGAAGAUGCGCAAGAGCUGGUUGACCGUUUCAUCGACGCACCUCAGAAUGGCGCGAACCUCCAGGAAGACGGACAGGUUACUGAUUCACCGCUCACCUCGCGACCUUGCGAGUAUGACUACGUGGUGUUGCUCUGCUCACACAAGCGACGAGAUGCUCGUUGCGGUAUCACAGCCCCCUUAAUCAAGAAAGAGCUGCAACGACAUCUGCGACCCCUCGGCUUAUAUCGAGAUGCGCAAGACGAACGUCCCGGAGGUGCGGGCAUCUUCUUCGUCUCCCACGUCGGCGGCCACAAGUUUUCGGCCAACGUUCUGAUCUACCGCAGAAAAGAGCAGCAGAUGAUCUGGCUGGCCAGAGUCAGGCCUGAACAUUGUGAAGGCCUGGUGAAAUACACGCUUGUGCAAGGGAAAGUGGUCCACCCGGAGACUCAGCUGAGGGGUGGGUUUGACAGAGGACGCGGGUUGACCAGUUGGUGA